CAGAAGCUGUCGGCGAUAGCGUGUAUCGAUUGUAGGCCUAUAGAAACCAAGAUUUAUGGAAAGCCAGGCUUCACUGAAAGCUGUCGACGAUAACGUGUAGCGAUUGUAGGCCUAUAGAAACCAAAAUUUAUGGAAAGCCAGGCUUCACUGAAAGCUGUAGGCGAUAACUUGUAGCGAUUGUAGGCCUAUAGAAACCAAGAUUUAUGGAAAGCCAGGCUUCACUGAAAGCUGUCGACGAUAACGUGUAGCGAUUGUAGGCCUAUAGAAACCAAGAUUUAUGGAAAGCCAGGCUUCACUGAAAGCUGUAGGCGAUAACAUGUACCGGUAGCGAUUGUAUGGAAAUCAAAGCCUAAAACAGGACAUUCUAAAAACUUUUCCUCCUCAUGGAUCCACCCACAAAAAUAUCAUAAUACCCUACGCAUUUCAAGGCCUUUAUCAAUCUCGGUAUAUUUAUCUAUACUAUAUAUAAUUUCAUUGUUACGUUUGUUACUAGAUGUCUAGACUGACGAAACAAACAACUAAUUAAAUUCACCAGAACAGUGAUCAUAGUGGGGGACGUAAAGUUAAACUGAGCUGUCCUGACACCAUAGGCCGAUCGUUGCGGCCAAUCACGACGAUCUCAAAGUCUGUGUUUAUAUAAACUCAUUUUAUUGAAUCAGCGUGAUAAUGAUAUUAAAAACUUAUUAAAUGUCUAAUCAUGAACUAUAUAUUGUAUACAGACGUAAUACAAGUGUACUAUCGGUAAUCCGGUAGUCAAAAGGCCCCGAUAUUGACAACAAAGCAGAUAGCAACAGCUCUAGUCACGUGACGGGGAGAUCAUUGAAGCAUUAAUUUACAUGUGAAUUGCCCUCCGUUGCCCUUAACGACAAAACAGCAUGACCAGACCUAAAGUGUUCGCAUACACACUGACAGGCUUGGUUAAGUACACCCAUCGAAGUUUCAUUACGGGUGCCGUAAGUUGGGUUUUUGAUCGUAUUCACGGAUUUUAAAAGUUUUCUCCUGAUUUCGAAGCUUCGUAAACUCAGCUAUGUCCCAGGCAGGCAUACAGAGCCGCCCGGCCACCCAGAUGAGUGCAAGAUCAGGUAUAAAUCUACCUCAAAUUCAACACCCUCUUUCUAGGCUUGGUAACCCUGACAAUAUAAAUAUAAGAGGCUCUAAUAGCAGACAAGGGCGACCCUCAACUCAACCACGACUUGCAGAUGAGGUACCUUUUAUGAGUAAUUUAGCAGCACCACGACUGUCAAAAAGUUCUCAUGGUGGAAACGGAGAAAAUAACGAGUUGAGACGUUCGUUCCCGAAGAUUCCACGCCCAUUCUCGCAAAGUUUACCAGCACCUGCCGAGCAAUAUGAACUCGAAACCAAGACAAAAAUUCCAAUUUUCGGGGCGAAAGCUGAUAUUGCGAGCAGGGGUGAGAGCCGUGGAAGUGUUGCUUCCUGUAUGUCUAGACCCGGAACAAAGCUCAGAUUGGAGGUUGACGAGUUGGAGAUGAUUUUACGAGAAAAACUGAAGAAGAACUAUUACGAAAUCAAGAAGUUAUUCAUUUCGAAUGAUCCAGAGGGCAGAGGCAACCUCAGCCGCGAGGCACUUCAUCGAGCAAUUACAUCUUUCCUUGGAAGGUUCCUUAGUCUGAAACACUUUAACCUAUUACUUCUUAGAUUGAAACUUGGCGAAAAACAAGUCAUUCGUUUGGAGGAGUUUCAUGCCUGUUUACGAGAACCAGUCAGCAACGAUGUUCCAUCUUGGUUGGAUCCUAUAAAUCGGCAAAACAUCGACAAACUUACAAUGACGGCUGGGCAAGUUCACGCUCAACUGAAGGAAAAGGCUCGACAAAGACUUGUUGAUAUCGCUGAGCUGAUACCACAAAUGAAUCCAGGAGGUAGUGGGCGAAUCCUAAAACCAGAGUUAAGAAACGCCUUAAACAAAAUGCUGUUUUUUAUGGAUGACGACGAGUUCGAAAAGUUGUGGAGCAAGUACGAUGAAGAUGGAUAUGGCGUCAUCAACGGCGAGAGAUUAAUGAGUAAGCUGGGAAUAUCAUUCCGGCCGGGCACGCAAGGUGGGCAAGCGACACGGAAAAGGCCCUCCGAAAGCCAGCUUAGUCCAAGAAGUGAAACUAGAACAUCUCCGAGGAGAUCUCCGAGAAAAGCCGAGGUUGAUCGAGCCAAGUCGCUAGAUGUGGAAAAAUGGUUAAAAGACAAAUUUAGAGAGGGAUUCAAGAAAAUGAAGAAAGAGUUCGUUAAUUUAGACACACAGCGAACUGGCGAGAUUGAUCGAAAGGAUUUUCAGAGAAUUCUUGAAAAGUUCGAUUUGAAGUUAGACAACAAACAACUAAAUGAUUUCAUGGCACGAUGCUCGAUUACCUGUAGAAAAGAUGGAAGAGUCUCCUACAGAGACUUUCUGCAACGCUUCCAAGACAGAAGCGAGGAAGGAAUUCCACAUAAGAUUCUAGCCAACCCUAAACACAGAUACAAUAAAAGUGAACGAAGCAGGAGUCCUGGUGCUUGUACAACAAUAACGGCCGUCGAGACGAAAUUGAUGGGCAUGUUCCAAGCUGAUUUCUUGUCACUCCUUGGAACCUUCCACAAAAUUGAUAGGAUGCACACAGAUGUGAUCUCACUAGAGGAGUUCAGAGCGGCAAUUGAAAGCCGCUUCGGAAUCGACAUGUCAGACGAUGAGUUCGGUGCUCUGGUUGAUAACUUACCGCUUGACGACGAAGGAAACGUAAAAUACCCACAAUUCAUGGCGCAAUUUGAUACCAGGAAUUUUGGUGCACCAAGUUUAUUCGAUGCCAAGUCAGAGUAUCAUCGGAAUGAACCAGAAGAACCAAUGGAAACAGAGGCCCCUGAGGAGGAACUUACGCCUAUGGACUUUAGAGAUUACAUGAAAGGCAGAUCUAAUGAACAGUUGAAAAAGAUGCUAAAGAAAAUUGUAAGAGAUCGUUAUCAGGAGGUUGAGGCAUUGUUUAAUGAACUUGAUGAAUCUAACACCGGAAAACUCAACCAGGAAAUGAUGUACUAUAUGUUAAAGAAGCUCGGAGUGAGACCAGAGAUCACAAGAGGUGAGAUCAGCCGACUCUGGGAUACUUUCAUAACUACGCAAAACCGCAUGCUCGACUUUCAACAAUUCGUCCGUCAUUUUGUUUACACGCCGAAAGACUCUGCGUUCCCGAACGCUAAACUUGUGCCACCAAAACGUGGCGAUUCUGAUUUCCUAAUCCGUUCGCGCAAGUUGAACUGCGCAAGCGACAUGUUGGAAGACAACCUGCGGUCAAAGGUGGAUUACAGGUGGAACGAUCUUAGGAAUGAAUUCCUAGGUCUUGAUCCUUACGCCACCGGAUACAUAACCAAAGAAGAGUUCAGAGACGUUCUCCAGGAACUCUGUGUUCAGUUGAACAACUAUGAACUUGAUAUGCUUUGUAGGAAGUUUGACGUCAAUAAAGAUGGACGAGUUUCAUACAUUGAAUUUCUUAAGCCAUUUGCACUUCGAAAACAAACUCAUCGGUAUGGAAACAACAUGUUAGAUGUACUUACCCACGCGCAACCUGAAGUUCCUAUUGCUCCAAUCGUCAACGAACCACAUAAAGGUUUAACGGGCAUGACAGCGAGACUACGACAGAAGUUGGUAGGAGACUGGCGCCAUUUACGAAGAGCUUUCAAGAAACUCGAUAAAGGAAAUACGGGAUUAUUAACCGUUCCUGAGUUCCGUAAUACUCUAAAACUGUGCAACAUCAUUUUAAACGAGGAGGAGAUCUACCACGUGAUGUCUGACUUCGACGAAAAUAUGGACGGCAAAAUUAAUUAUAGCCGGUUUAUUACUGAAACAUUCCGACCAGAGACGACUAAGGAUAGCUGAAUCAAUAUUAUUACAGUCAAUAUAUUACUUUACUGUGGUAUUACUUAUAUUUUAUUUAUUCAGGUCUCUUUAUUUAUUUGUUAGAAUUGUAUAGUGAAUAAGCCGCAGUAUUUAUGUGCUUUGUGGUUAUUGGAUUCAGUACCGUAUCAACCACACGCACUUUGUAGCCUUCUUCACUCGGGCGGCGUACCGUACCCCUAUUGUUUAGCUAUGAUUCUACAAAAAAAAACAAAAAAAAAAA